AUGGUUACAAAGGAUCCAUAUAUGUUUAUGACACUGCUGGUACCCGGGCCGAAUGAUCCAGGAAAGAAUUUGAAUGUUUAUCUCAGGCCUCUAAUUGAUGAGUUGAUCACUUUAUGGAAUGUUGGUGUGGAGACAUUUGAUGCUUCUGCGAAGACUAAUUUUAUGAUGCGAGCAGCCCUAUUAUGGACUAUAAGUGACUUUCCUGGGUUGGGAAUGGUUAGUGGAUGGUCAACUCACGGGAAAAUGGCUUGUCAUGUGUGUAUGGGUGGAGUUAAAGCUAAACAACUGCCACAUAGUAGGAAGUCAAGUUUUUAUGGGUUGCAUAAGGGGUUUUUAGAUAAACGACGAAAAAAUCAGAUGAAAGGUUGUGUUAUUCGCAACAAACUUGAUAGUAUAACUUUUCCACAACCUGGGAAACCACAUUCCAAGGAAAGGGCAAUUGGCUUUGGAGAUUGGCAUAAUUGGACGCAUGUCACUUGCUUUUUUGACUUGCCAUAUUGGGAUUCCUUGCGUCUUCGUCAUUGCAUUGAUGUCAUGCACACGGAGAAAAAUAUAUUUGAUAACAUUUUUCACACUAUUCUCGAUAGCGUAAAAACAAAGGAUACCAUAAGAUCGAGAAAGGACUUGGAAGCAAUGGGCAUCAUGCAAGAGUUAUGGCUUAAUGGUACACGCAAGCCAAAAGCUAGAUAUAGCCUAACCCGGGAUCAGUUGAAAUUGCUAUGUAAUUGGGUUCAUCGAGUGAAACUCCCGGAUGGUUGUUCAUCAAACUUGAAGAGGUGUUGUAAGAGAUCCCAGUUAAAAUUUCAAGGCAUGAAGUCACAUGAUUGUCAUGUAUUUAUGCAGAAGUUAUUGCCUUCUGCUUUUCGUGAACUUCUUCCAGAUGAUGUGCAUAAAGUACUAUGUGACCUAUCAAAUUUUUUCAAAGACUUAUGCUCAACUACACUUCUUGCAUCAGAUUUGAAACAAAUGGAUAAAAACAUAGCUGGGAUUGUUUGUACUUUGGAGACUAUAUUCCCUCCGGCUCUUUUUGAUCCGAUGGAGCAUCUUCUUGUUCAUUUGCCGGAGGAGUGCAGACUAGGUGGCCCUGUCCCAGAAAGAUGGAUGUAUCAUGUUGAAAGACUACAAGGCAGAAUGAAACAUAAAGUAGGGAACAAAGCACGUGUUGAAGGAUCCAUUGCAGAAAAAUACGUAUAUGAGGAGUUAACACAUUUCUGUUCCAUGUACUUUGAGUCUGAAGUUGAUACAGUGCACAACUUGCUAGGUCGUAAUAUGGUUCAUGAUAUUUCAAGGGAUCCAGAAAAACUUGUGGCAUUCACAUAUCCGGUAGAGCCGUUAGGAGCAUGUACUGGUUAUCAUUUAGAUCUGAAUUCAUUGAGUACUGCAGCAUAUUACAUCCUCACUAACAUGCAAGAAGUGGCACCUUAUAUUCUUAUGUUCGAAGCAGAGAUUCGCAACCAUACUCCACACGUAUUGAGUGAUAGUGAGAUGGAUACAAUGAUGAAGGAUAAUUUUGCAAAGUGGUUGCAAGUCAAGGCACAACACAACAACAAACAGUUGCAAUAUUUGUUGGGAGGCCCAGCUUCUUAUGUGAUUUCUUAUAAAAGAUGUAGGGUGAAUGGGUAUUCAUUCAACUUAGGAAAAUCAAGUUCGGGGAUACUUGUCAAGGGAAGUUGUUACGGUGAUAGUGGAAGCAAUUAUUAUGGAAGUUUGCUGGAAAUUCUGAAAAUAACAUAUGGUGGUGGAAAUCAAGUGUUUCUAAUGAAAUGUCAUUGGUAUGACCAUGUUAGGGGCGUGAAGAAAGACAAAAAUGGAGUGCUUUUAAUUGAUCUCAAUUCAAAACUGAAAGGAGAUGAUGUUUACAUUCUAGCAAGUCAAGCCACUCAAGUGUACUAUGCUCCUAGUGUAAAGAAUCCAAAUAGUAAUAUUCAUACAAUAAUCACAUGUAGACCUCAAGUGUUAAGUGGAAGAGCUAUUGAUGCUAACAUGGAACCCCUUCAAGAAGAUGUGUCAAAUACCACACCCAUAGAAUUUUCUUCAAGGUCGUUAUUUGUCGACUUCUCCAUUUAUGAAAUGGAAGAUGAACAAGAGCAACAAAAUGAAGUGGAAAGUGAAGAAGAUGAAGAAAAUGAAAUGGAGGCGGGGGAGGAUCACGAGGAGGAGGAUGACGAAGAAGAAGAAGAAGAAGAUGGUUAUGAUAGCAUCGAAGUGGAUAGUGGAGAAGAAUAUUGA